UAACCGAUUAUGUUCACAGUCAGAUUCUCCUGGGAGGUCAUUUGGGAAGGAUACAUGAAGUCGCAUUCCUAGACACUCACAUUCACACAUACUCCUUGCAGACUUCAGGAUCUAUAUUGCCCGGUGGCAGAAUAAUUCAACACUGUUCUAUUGAAAGAGUCGUCAUUCUUCAUGGACCUGCCCAAGAGUUUCCUGGUCCUGCUGCACGUCCUUUGUCUAAUUACGGUCAGCCUGGGCUGCUUCUGUGACCACUAUGCCUGGAGCUCAUGGUCCAUCUGCACCAAAACCUGCAACUAUGGGACCCAAGAGCGCCACAGGAGUAUCAUAUAUGAUGACUAUUAUUGGAAGAAUAAUUGUGAGAACUUCUGUGAGAAGCAUGAAAGUCGGGCAUGUAACGUCCAAGCCUGCUCCAUCCACUGUACGCUCACUGAGUGGUCCAAAUGGUCUUGGUGCUCCCCGUGUGCCAAAAAACAGUUAAGGACUCGGUCACUACUCAGACCUUCCCAGUUUGGAGGCGUGGAGUGUGAUGCUGUUUUGACAGAAGACAGAAAUUGUUACCCAUUAACCGAAUGCAAGAUGGAGUCAAUCAACUGCAAAGAGUUUCAGUGUAACAAUGGUCGGUGUAUCGGCUCCAAACUGAGAUGUAAUGAACAGAAUGACUGUGGGGACAACUCAGAUGAGAAGGACUGUGAUACAUAUAAUGUAGUGUGUCCAGUAAAGCCCAGAGUUGUCCCUGGAGCAGAACUCAUAGGAAACGGGUUUGAUGCUAUGGCAGAGGAAAUGAGGGGGGCGGUUCUGGAUAACAUGUUCAUGGGGGACACCUGCAUCCUGAACAAGAGUAGAGGCAGCAGCUACAGGCUCAAGUAUCGUAUCCCAGCCAACAUUGAGAGCUUUGAGUUAAAGGUGGAGAUUCCAGAUGACUUUAAACAGGAACUCCAGCCUGUCCACAGUGAGAUUGUCAACAUGGCUGGUCUGGCCUCUUCAGGCUCAACAAACGAGGGAUCCUCCAGUGGUGCCUUCGGCUUGAUCCCCUUCUUUUUCUUCGGUUUUGGACGCCAGCGAUCCAACUCACGCACCUUCAAGCAAGCUGUCUCAGCUUCAAAAAAAACGGACUCCCAGUUCUUCCGAGUGCACCAGGUGUUGCCUAUAUCCCGAUUCAAGAUGAAAGAUUCUGAUCUUUACCUGGCAGAGCCCUUCUUACAGUUCCUGACCAGUCUGCCUUUGGAGUACAACUACGCCCUCUACAGAGAGAUCUUCCAGAAAUUUGGGACCCACUACUUUGCCUCUGGGACUUUAGGGGGGCAUUAUGACCUGCUUUAUCAAUACAAUCGACUGGAGAUAAAAAACAGUGGUUCAUCAGAAGAAGUAACCAAUGGGUGCCUUCGGUCUGAAUCCUCCAUGUUCAUCAUAAUAUAUGCGCAAAGUUCAAAUUCUGUACGAUGCUCCAACAAUAAAAUGACUGAAAAACAUGAAGGCUCCUUUAUACAGUCCUCAGAAAAGUCUUUCUCAAUGGUGCGUGGAGGCAGGACUGGAGAGGCUGCUGCCCUGGCAUGGGAGAAGAAAGGGCCUGCCCCUGACAGCACUAGUUAUGAGAACUGGGCCAAAUCUCUCAUAGACAACCCUGCAGUUGUGGAGUUUGAGCUGUUGCCCAUCAUCAAUCUGGUCAAGGGGAUCCCGUGUGCUGCCACUAAGAGAAGACACCUAACCAGAGCACUGAUGGAGUACCUGGAGAACUUUGAUUCCUGCAAGUGUGCCCCCUGCCCCAACAACGCCCGGGCAGUCCUCUCGGGCACGGACUGCCAGUGCAUCUGCCAGACCGGCACCUACGGUCCCAACUGUGAGCAACGAGCAGCAGACUACACUUCAGAGGCUGUAGACGGGUACUGGAGCUGCUGGGGGGCAUGGAGUGCCUGUGAUGGAUCCAUGAAGAGAUAUCGUACCAGAGAUUGCAACAACCCUGCACCCCUGAGGGGGGGAAAACCCUGCAAGGGACCAGCUAAAAAGGAGGAAGGCUGCGUCAUCUCCAUCUUCCAAGAACAGAAUGUGUGUGUCAAUGAUGAGGACUUUACUACAGAGGGGCGGGCAGAGGGCCUGCCUCCUGGAGUCGAGGGCUGUCCAAGACCCAAGAGUCCUGCCAACAGCCACCUCAGGAAAGAUAGGCGCUAUUAUGAAUUUGGCGACAUAGAGGAGUUCCUGUGCUUCACAGGGUUUGAGAUGGAAGGUUACCAGUUCAUCAGCUGUCGUCCUGAUGGGACUUGGACCCCGCCCACAGGGAAGUGUAUCAGGAAGGUGUGCCCCCGUCCAGCUGUGCCUGAAGGUAUCACUCUGUCCCCGGAAAGACAGGAGUACAGUGUGGGCCACUCUGUGGGACUCGACUGCCCUGAGAAAGGCAUGACAGUGUCAGGGCCGGGCUACCACACUUGUGGCAAGAGUCUAACCUGGGAGCCUCCGCUAUCUGACGAUCUGCACUGCAAAAUAGAAAAGCCUUUCGUUCCGGACUCUCGGUGUAAGAACGGAGAGCAGUUUGACGGCACUAAAUGUGUAUGCAUCGCACGCCGAACAUGCCUCAAACACAAAAAUGAGUUUUGCGUCUUCAAUGCUGAAGUUGGCAGCGCUGUCAUGACGUCCAACUGUGGUUUCCACGUGGGCCGUUGCCACGGAGACCGGCUCUUCUUCAUGAACACGGGCUCUUGUGAGGAGGAUGCAGCAAGUCUGGACUGGGCCAAGUUCAGGGCCAGCAUGGCUGCCAAGAGCUCUGUCGAGGAGCCCUGUGGUUUUGACACCUGCUACGAGUGGGAGACCUGCACCGAGUCUAAACAGUGUGUGUGUAAAUUUCCCCGGGAGUGUCCAAAGGAGGGAAAGGACACGUUCUGUGUGGAGCUGCUGAAGACGAAGAGCAAGAGGAGUAUGAGUCUGUGUUCCAUGGUAACCCUCAAGUGUAGACAGAUGGCGUUUGAGAUCCUCAACGAGGGCCCAUGUGAAGGGUCUACGUGAUCAUGACCUACUAGGUUUCAUCGCUGAUUAUUUGAUCACUCUGAUUAGCACCACAUUCAGGAGCUUAUUUCUUUUGCUGCUUUGUUCAACUUAAUUUGUUCAAAAGUAUUUUGUUAACAUCUUAGCAUUUUGUAUCAAUAUUUGUAACUUUCUUAUGGUCAUUUUGGCUAUUUGCUUGUGUCAUAAUGCAAUCAAUUGAGUUGUGUCACAACCAGAUGUUUCAUUGAAAUGAAGAAGAAAUAUAUA